CGGCCAGGUAACGAAACCCAAACAACGCCUUGAUUCCCAAGACCUCCCCUCCUAAAAUCAAAUUCGAUAUGGCGAAAGGGCACAGCUGCCAUGCGCAAUGAUGCGUGACUAACCGCUGACCAAAAGAUAUCUGGUGUCUAAGUCUGAAAAGUCUGGAGAGUUCGAGCGAGUGUUUCAUCAUUCUCGAUGAUUUAUACCAAGUAUCAAGCAGACGCACGAUGAAUUCUACCGUUAUUGCACGUUUCUCAGCCAUUUUAGGCGUAACUACUUCUAGGACGACAUGUGCCAGACUCACAUUAGCUCGAUUUUAUGCUGCGAAGAAAGGUGAGAAUGCAUGUGCGUUUUCAGUGAUGGCGUAAUAUGGUCUGAUACUGUCACGUGCCAGUAGAAAAAGACCUUUAACCCGACCUUUGGAACUUCGAUAGGGCACAAUAGAGUGUUUUCACUCACGUGGCCACCAUCUAUGCAAAUUUAUUGGAACAAAAGAAAGCGUUUGCAUAAGAAAAGAGUACAACUCCCAGAGGAUUGGUUUGGGACACCAACAUGGCCGCCGUUUCAUUGUUUUGGGACACCAAUAUGGCCGCCGUGACGUCACGUGAAAACACUCUAUACUAGUUUCAAGUAGAUAUAAAAGGGGUGAGAAAGCCAAUGUAACAUGCGAUUCUAGCCUGCGUAGCAAGCGUUUCUGUUUGGUUUUGGGGUAAAGAAAGAUCGAGGAACGGGAUUCUCGGUUUUGGCCGUGCGAGAAAUGAAACGAGAGCCAAAAAAUGAAAGAGGGGGGAGGAGGAGGGGAAGGAAGGAAACGCUUGCAGACAAACCCCUCAAUUUUGAAAUCCUGUGUUCGCCAGUGAACGUAGCACCUGAUUGGCUGGGCUAGUUGAACAGUGAGAAUGCAUGUGCGCUCUGAUAUGGUGAGAUAUGGUCUGAUACUAUCACGUGUCAGUAUAAAAAGACCUUUAACCUGACCUUUGGAACUUUGAUAGUGCACAAUACUAGUUUCAAAUACAAUUAUAAAAGGGCUCAGAAAGCCAAUGUAACAUCAUUGUGAUUCUAGCCUGCGUAGCAAGUGUUUCCAUUUGGUUUUGGAACAAAGAAAGACCCAGAAACAGGAUUCUCGGUUUUGGCCACGCGAGAAAUGAAAUGAGAGCCAAAAAAUGAAAGAGGGGGGAGGGGAAGGAAGGAAAUGCUUGCAGACAAACCCCUAAAUUUUGAAAACCUGUGAUCGCCAUUGAACGCAGCGCCUGAUUGGCUCGGCUAGUCAAAGAAUAAUGACUUGUGUCAAUCAAAGGUUUGUUUCAUACUGAGAGGUCAUAGAUGGUACGUGAGAUGCAUAUUAAUUUUCUGUGGUUGUUGUUUAUUCUGGUCGGCAAGAUUUGCCCCCCAAUGCCAGAGCAUUUUCUUUGACCUCUUUUUAAACAUGAAGCUUUUCUUGCAAGUAAAUAAGGAUUUCAGGUUGUUUAAUUAAUAUUCUCCAAAGAGCCUCCUGGGUCUGAAUAACCAAAAUUAGUGGUUUGCUUUUUCUGUCUUUGCAGUCUUUUGUCAGCGAAUUUGAUGGUUUCCUGCAAUGUUUUGUUAUGCUUGGCCCAGCUCGUUAGUGUUUUUUGCGGGAUGUUAAAUUCUCUCGGAUGGUGAUUUCAGAUCCAAAUUUCGCAGAAUGGGUUGCACCUUAACUGAGGCUACAUCAACUAUGGAGAACUGCACUGUGACUCAGUCAAUAUUUCUGUCAGAUUAAGCAAUGAUUACUUGGUAAUAACUUUUGAAUUGCGACUUUCUGAUCAGGCAAGAGCCUGAUUUUGGUUCUCCAUAUGAUCUUUAUCAGUUGCCGGGUUAGCUUUGUUCUUAGAUGCUUUUACAAGUUAGAGCAACUCUAGUUGUCUGUGCCAUAGCGGGAACGGUAAGCCGUUCUGUCUGGCAGGGCUUUGAACUAGUGCAAAUAGUAUAUAGUAUAUAGACUUGAAUGCUUGUCACAUUUUACCACUUCAAAUCCAACUUUCUGGAGGUUUUGAUCUGAAACUUCAAAACUUCAUUCACCCUUGCGGUCCUUCCUUUUAGACGGAUUAACAAGACAAAAUAAUGUAUAAAGCCUUCACUGAUCGUUUGAAUUCAGUGAGAUUUCAACAUUUCCACCAUCCACGCAAAACAAAAUACAAAAACAAUAAUUUUACAUGUGUCCUCUAAAGUUCAUUUCUGCUCCACGGAAAGCCAAACAUUUUAUUGGUCAAUUUUGAUAGCUGAUGACAGCAUUGAAUGUCGGUGCAUGAACUCAGGCAUGACAGGCCAAGUGGGCAGUUUUCAAAAUCCGGGGGUUUGUCUGCAAGUGUUUCCUUCCUUUCUUCACCACCUCCCGCCCGCUCUUUUACUUGGGCAUUUUUCGUGCGGUAUUUGACUGUCGUUCCUUACUCUUUACUCCUAAACCACAUGCAAACGCUUGCUACGCAGGCUAAUGCGAUUCUCUCUAUAACUCCAUAUUUUUGUCUGCCUUGUCUGACCGUGAGAAAAAUAUUGAAUGCAGUUUUUUGCACUUACAUGUAUUAGCGGGCGGUCGACUCCAGGGAACCCCUUGGCAUUCGCACAAUAACGUUCACGCAUCAUCCAGACUCAAGAACGAUAGUUUUUGUCAAAAAAGGCUACCAUUCUCCCUCCCCCUAGGGUAAAAGUGGGUCUCACUUUCCCAUGGACCAACUGUUGGUCCAUGGGAUCCAUGGGAAAGGACUGAUACUGUUGUUGUACAUGUAGGAUUUAAAUAUUAAAAUUGAUAGGGAGAGGAUGAUAAGGCAUGGUACAUGACGUCAUUUGUGCAAAAAAUACUCAUUGACUUUGAUCAUCACAAAUUUGUUAUCACACAAAAUUAAACACACAGAAAAGGUGUUGGCAUUGUAACAUUUGACCUGAUUGGGUUACUUCCCAUCAGUCACAUUAUAUUACAAUGGCAUACUGGAGUUUAUGGGGGAAUGUUCAAUGUUAUCGUUAGAAAUUAUAGCUCAAACAAGCAAAAUUGGUUGAAAGUUUUUUUGAUGGAAAGUCGAAAUGGCAAAGUCUAAUCUUGAGACUGCGGUCCAAAAUUUGGAGUCUCCCAGAUUAUCUGGGAGAGUUGACUGCACUAAUGUUAUUUUUGUUGUGCACCCAUAAGGUUGCAAGGCUAAAUAUUAGGCUGAUUUAGCAACAAAAUGGGAAUGUCAGUUGACGACAGUGCGUGCAAAUCAAACAACUGGCUUGACCAAAGACAGAGCGGCAAAUUGAGCUCCAGAAGUCGUGUUUAGUCCUUUCUACGCACUUUCCCAUUGUCAACUGACGUUCGACCCGUCCUGUUGCUAAAUCAGCCUAUCGAAUUUAAUACAGCAGUUAUAAACUUUUGAAAAUCUGAAUAACUGUAUCCUUGUACCGUACUUUUCAUUCAGGAAGAAAGUCAAAGAGUUCAAGUUCAAGUGUUUCAAUUGACCAUGACUUGGCAGAGGGGCUGGUAGAUUUAGAAAAGUUACAAUCAGCCAUGGAAAGUGCAGUGGGUAAACUUCAGCUAGACUUUAGGGACAAAAUAUCAACCAAAAUUCUUCCCAGUGAGUACUGGCAUUUAUUGAUUUUUUAUGUUCCAGUCAUUUUUACAGCAUUAUUUUUCCCCAUUUAUGGUCACUCACCUCUUGAAGAGAAGUCUUAUUUUCUGCUUCUGUGGAUAGAAGGCUGCAGGUCCAUUGCAUCUAUAAUACUCAGCAUUCAUCUGCCAAUCCAUGAUUGGAUUCAAUACUCUCAACAUAUUUUCUGUGUCAUUUUUUUACCUUUAAUAAAAUUUACACUGUACAUUUAUUAUUAUAGCUUACAGCAAAUCAAGGAACAAAAAUGUUUGUAACUUAGCCAAACACAGAAGAUAUGUCCUUACACUUUAUGACUUAAAGGGGCUGUGUCACGGCAGUCCAGUUCAUUUUGUUUAAUUUUGCCAAUUAGUCGCCCUCAAUCGCUAUGGAACUUAAAGUAAGCAAAGAAAUUACAUGUAAAUGACAAAAUCAGGGAUCCGAGACAAAAAAAUAUGUCUCCUGAGCAUUAUUUUUGAAGUUGCAAGCAGCAGGGAUCAACUUUGAAAAACUGUUAGGCUGAACAGUUUUCAAAAACCCUAAUGUCAAUCCGUUUCAAUUUUCUUCAGUUUUGCCCAUCCGUGGCAUCUGUUGUUUCUGUUAUGUUAUUUUAACCUUCCUUUCAAGUUUUAACCAGUUAUUUUUAUGUUUCUCUUAAUUUAACGGGCAUUUUGUAAUUUCCUAAUUUGGCUGAAUUUCGUGACACAGCUCCUUUAAUGAAGUAAUAAGCUGUGCCUGUAAUGUAAGAGUCAAAGUCACUGGAUGGUUGGAGGUUCCUUUGCUACCAGGCACAAACGGGUUCCUCACAUUAAAAUCCCGAGGAUCAGGAAAUGUAUUUCAGGGUAUUUAAUUGAAAUCUAACAAAUGGUUGAAGUUCUGUAUAUUAAUUAGAUCCAGUGAGAGAGUCACUUACACUGUAAAUGGAUGUAUUUUUUAGAUGCAUUAGACAAGAUUAAAGUGGAGUCACAGAAUGGAAAAGACAAGUUUAUCCUUAGUCAAGUGGCACAAAUAAAACUCAAUAAUGGCAUGUUUGUUGUGGACAUGAAUGGUUCUCCAGAGGUAUUUACAUUAAAUAUUAUUAAAUUAUUCAUUUUCAUACCUUUCACGGAACUUUCUAGUAACAGCUACUGAACCGCAACCUUUUUGCCUGUUACUUUAGGCUCUGGAGUUUUACUAUGUUGAAGUAACAGGAAGUGAUAUCACAGCAUCGGUACCACUCGGAGGAGGGGGGAGGGCAGGGGGUCCAAACCUCUCACCUCUGUAUUUUGAAUUCCUCGCUCACACCCCUUUUUUCUUGGCUUCCUCUCUUUAGCCCUUUUUCAAUUGAAAAUAUUAUGCGUUGUUACAUAAUUUUCCCUUAUUUCUUCCACUUCCCACCCUUCUAGAAUUACCACCUACCACCCUUUUCUCUCCGCCUCCCAUACCCCUCCCGCCACCUGUUACUCUGAGCUCCCACCCCGCUGUCCUCCCUCAAACUACUGGGGCAUUUCACAACUAUUUUCAAGUAGCAGCGUGGUUCAGUCUUUAAAGUUCCUGUAGUAAAAAGGAACGAUGAAGGAGACAAGGCCUUUUGACUUAAGAUAACCCUCGAAUGGAAAAAUCAUUUCAUUUGUGAAAAGGUCUUGAUCUUAUUCAAGAUAAUCGUACCAGCUUUGAAUGGCCUGCAGUUGUCUUAGUCAGGUACAGUUCCAGAAGUGGGGGUGGGACUUUAACAUGGCCAUAAAUUCUUCUGUUAGCCCUUUUAGGUCUUUGUACAGACUGGAAAGACAAAUUUCCAUACCUUUUUACACUUCAGCUAGCGAAAUCGGCCUACCCUUUCACAGUGACUUUGUUACAAAUGGUUAUGGUGAGUCCUGAUACUCAUCUUGUCAAAAAUCAUGAGUCUUAGUCAAAAACCAUUGAGUCCCAGUUCAAAAAAAAGGAGUCCUUUAUGUAACCAUGCAGACAAUUAAUAUGAAGACAGACUCCAAAACUCUGUAUUAGACAGUUUACUGGAAUAAAAAACUUCUUCUAUUGUAAAGCACAACAAUUAAAGACUAAAAGAAAUAUACCUCGUUAAACAACAGCUGCAAGAACAGCCGCAGAAAUCAGAUGAACAGGAUGUUCUACAAAAACAUGUUCAGAUCGAUUGAUCGACCUUUGCGUCCCGGCAUGCCAUGAAUUAUUUUGCAUCUUUGGUGCUGUUUAUGCGUCAGGGACGCAGGAUGCAAAGGUAACAAAAUCACUGCUUUCAUCUACCUGAACCCUGAAAGAGGCACGCCUUUCAGGCCGAGCCUCCCUGUACAGGCCAUUGUAGGGAUUACCUGCCCCAGGGGACUGCUGGGUGACUGAAGUCAUCUCCCUGCUUGUUGCCUCUCCUCGCAGUAGGCUAGCCUGUAUAGCUGGUGGGUCCCUCGCGCCUUUGCUGCACAUGCACUUCGUGUGGCAACUCUGCUGCCAAGAAAAUACCACAGGCACAAGAAUUUCACCAGCUACCCAGCCUAACAGUGGGCAAUUUUCUCACAUUCAUGUGUUUCACUCACUCUACUUUAUCCCUUACAUCGUCUUAAAAGAUGAUCUACAAAAGCCAAGUUUAACUUUCGCUAGUGGGUCACUGGUAGGUGUUGGGUGUAAAUUAGCACAGUCUGUGGUGUACUGUGUGUUGUUUGUCAUGAUGUCAACUGACAUUGAAAAAAAUUCAGCUGUUUCAGAGGAGGGACAUGUCUUGACAGCUUGGGAAAUUAGGUUCUACUGGUACUCAAACUCUACAGAGAGUGUCUUUGUGUAUUUAGGUGUAAUUCAAUAUCUAAAUUGUAGACAAAUUCACCCUUUUCCAGCUAAGCUACUUGGAUCUGAAUAUUAGUACUCCAUACAAAUGUUGAAUUUGUUGUCACGUUUUGUUGGUUCUUACCAUUGCUCCACGGUGUUUUCCUUUGGGACUUCAGUGUUUCCCUAUCUUCAAAAUCCACCAUUUCCAAAUUUCAAAUUGAUCCCGAAUAGUAGACAAAGAUUUGCUACCACUAGUUCGUCAUUUAUUAUGUUUUCGUAAUUAUAAAGAAUAUUAAUCAGUCUUAACGGUUGUAUUCCAAAUUAUCUUAUAGCUUGUAAGUCAGGCGGCUAAAGCGAUCAAAUCCUGGAGCUUAAACUUCGAACCCACCAUGGAUGGACAUGUAAUAUCUGUGCCAAUUCCCAGGUAAAGAACUUCCUUAAUUUUUAAGAAUAUUAAAGGUCAAAUAGCUUGAAGGCAUAUUAUAGCCCUCUAAAGUUCUCCUUUGAACUGUGGUAUCAGGAAAAUCCUACUAAAACAUUUUUGUCGCAGUAAGCCCCUCCUUUUUAGUGCUUCUAGGUCUUGAGUAAAGACUCCCACAUCCAGGAAAAUUGUUGCUACAAUUGUAUUAAGAUCUGCUUCUAUGGUGCAGACUUCCCUCUGAUAAAGCUCCAGUUUAGGUGUAAUCCCCUUCCAUCAGGUAUUUCAUAAAAUAUUAUUUCCUGCUGCUUUUUUUGGGUGGUGAGGGGGGGGGGGUGUGAAGAGCAAAGUACCCUAUUUAAUUAAGGGAUCCAUAUCAUGCAGUUCAGCCAAUUAUGAGUCUCUCUUCUUUCUUAGUCCUUUGGGCGAAGCGCGCGAGACACACAAAUGAUCACACGCGUGACUGAAGGCGUAAGACGGGAGAGGGGCAAAAAAAAAAGAGAUUGAGAGAGUCUCUUUACUCCUCGAGCUGUCGCCCGCGUUUCUCGCAUGUGGGGGCUUCGUCGCUCAACCCUUGCAUGUGCGUGCACUCCUCUCACAAAAUCUGAGGAAAAUGAGAGACUGUUUGUAGUCAAAUUUCGGUAGGAACUAACCGUCAACAUGAGUAAAACUGAUGUAGAAACAAGCAGCUUAAAACAAUGAAGGAACCUUUACAUAACACUGUAAAUAUAAUAUAAGGCACGGGUGUAUGAGAAUUUAAAUGGAUUACAACUAUUACGAAAUUUGAAAACUUUUUAGCUUAAGAGUUUUUUAAGAGUUUUUCUCUGUUGUUUGUAACUUCGUAUCAUAAAACCUAGGUCGGAGAUAAUAUAUCUGAUCGUUUGAAAGCUGCUGGUUUUUUUAUUUGCCAAGCAAAAAAUUGACGAGACUGCAGUGCCACAGUCACUUAAACGGAAUUUUGAUUUUUUUUUUUUUCACGUGAAACGUUGUUUUGCUUACUUGGAUUGUUAGGGUGACACAAGAAUAUCGUGAGAAUUUAACAAAGAUAGCGAAAGCAGCGUGUGAACAGUCCAAACAGAGCAUUCGAAAAGUCAGGCAAAAGGGCAUGAGUGAUGUGCGAAAAAACAAGAAGGGAAGGUCGGACGAUGAUGUCAAAACAGUAGAAAAAAUGGUAACGUAUAAUAUUCAUUGUUAUGGUUGCAAGAUCCUUACAUUACCUGAAGAACCUUCUGACAUAACUAACGUGGAAAGUGGUAGAUCUAAUGGAGGGGCCUGAAGAGUCCUUGCCCUCACCGGACUGUUAGACCAGACUGAAGCCCACCUACAGGGCCAAGAAAACACGCUCCACUCCCCUUGCCCCGUUUAUCUUAGGGUGUGGGUGGAAGGGCCCUCCACUUACUUAAAGAUCUGAAUCAGCUACUGUAAGAGAUAUUACGCAGUCAAACGCAGUAUGUAUAUAUGAGCAUUUUUUGAGUUGAAAUGACGCAAAAAUGCCUGAUCUAAAUCGAACUUUCUUUUUCCUCUUAUAGAUUCAACAGCUCACGGACCAAUUCUGUGAAGAUACGGAGGUGCUCUUAGAAGAAAAAACAAAGGAACUAUUGCGGAAAUAACUUCUUUUUCAAUGAAGAGGAAAAUUUUUAAUGACAUUCUUAUUUAAUGAAGAAUUUAGUGGCUUAAACUCAAUUAUGAUGGUGUACAUAUGCGUAAUAUUUAUACACGUAUGCACGUUUUAUUUCGAAGUUACAGCACAGCCAAUAUCUGCGGAGUAUCGAAGUAUAUUUUGAAAGCCUCUCAUUCAGUAAUCGCCAACUCUUCUCUUCUUUCCUAACUUAAUACUCAUGUCUGAUGAUUAGGAAGAAUUAGUGCGCAAUGCCCGCAGCAGGUUGGCUUUUCAUCGACAUAGGUUCGCAAGUCAAAGAGUACGAACGAGUAGGACAAUCUGUCUUGUCGGUCUGUAAAAAGGCCCAAACGGCCUAACAGUUGCAUUUUAUGUCUGUGAAAUGGCCGUUAUGUUCUGGUUUUGUGAUUUUGUUCAUAUUCUGUAGACAGUGCACUAACAGCAGUUAAAAGGGAUCAAAAGUUCUAAACUAGGUAUGUGAAGGGGGUGUCAUUUUGGUCAAUAGAAGGUACACGAAAGGGGUACCUUUUCCGUCAAAAAUGGCAUAUAAAAGGGGCUAGACCUCGGGGCGGAGCCUACUCGUGUAAAACUAUGUUGUACCCCCCGGGGGAUAGAGUCUCCUUUAUGAAAAUGACGGAGAUGCUCGUCGUUUCGCUUAGGGGAAGAAUUGCGGAUUUUAGUCCCACUUAAGGUGUUCAGAGCGGAAAGCUAAUAUUUUGCCCCUUGAAAGCACUUACGGUUGUGCCCAAAGAAAUGCCUAUACAUAACAACAACAAAUGCCGUCUGACAAUGUUAAUUGGAGUAUGGUCUCCUUUAAGAGUCG